AUGGAGAAAUUACUUCCAAUUAUAAAUAGUGUUCAGGAUGCAUUUGCGAAUGUGGGAUUUAAUGAAACUAUUGAUUUACCUCAAAUCGCAGUUGUUGGAUCACAAUCUUCUGGUAAAUCAUCCGUGUUGGAAAAUGUUGUCGGAAGAGACUUUCUACCAAGAGGAGCAGGAAUUGUAACCAGAAGACCUUUGGUUUUACAAUUGAUUAACAUUCCAUCCAAAUACAAGGAAGAAGUAUCGGAACAAAAAAAACAAGAAGAAGAAUAUGGAGAAUUUUUACACUUACCAAACAAAAAGUUUUAUGAUUUUGCAGAAAUUAGACAAGAAAUUAUUAGAGAGACGGAUCGAGUCACUGGAAGUAGCAAGGGUAUUUCACCCGUACCAAUCAAUUUGAAGAUUUAUUCUCCCUAUGUACUCAAUUUAACUCUUAUUGACUUGCCAGGUAUUACCAAAGUACCAGUCGGUGAUCAACCCAAAGAUAUUGAACUUCAAAUUAGAAAUAUGAUUUUACAAUACAUUACCAAACCCAAUUGUCUCAUUUUGGCAGUUACUGCAGCGAAUACAGAUCUUGCCAAUUCCGAUGCAUUGAAAUUAGCAAAACAAGUGGAUAAAUCUGGUCUUCGUACAUUGGGAGUAUUAACCAAAGUGGAUAUUAUGGACAAAGGAGUUGAUUGUUUAGACAUUUUAAGAGGUGAAGUCUUACCUCUCAAAUUAGGUUAUAUUGCAGUCGUGAAUCGAUCUCAAAAUGAUAUCAAUAACAACAAGUCGAUUCGAGAAGCACUCAAGGAUGAAGAAGCCUUCUUUAGAAAUCAUCCAUCGUACCGUAGUGUUGCGGACACUUUAGGAACGAAACAUUUGGCAAAAACUCUAAAUAAGAUUUUAUUGGAACAUAUUAGGGAAACGUUACCAGAUUUGAAGAAUAAGAUUAAUACAUUGACUUUACAAGCUCAACAGAAAAUGAGAGAAUAUGGUAGUGGACCUAUCAGUGGAGACUCUCCAGGUGCUCUUCUUUUACAACUCUUGACUGAUUAUACCACUGAAUAUGUUGAAAGUAUUGAAGGUAGAAAUACUGAUAUCAUCAAGACGAAUGAAUUAUUUGGUGGUGCUCUCAUUAAUCACAUCUUUGUAUCAAAAUAUUAUCCACAAAUGUCUGAAAUUGAUGCUUGCGAGAAUUUGACAGAUUAUGACAUUCGAACUGCAAUCAAGAAUGCCAAAGGCUCUAGAACUUCCUUAUUUGUACCUGAAGCUGCAUUUGAAAUUUUGGUUCGAAGACAAGUGAAAAAUCUAGAAGAUCCAAGCAUUCAUUGUGUCGAUCGAGUCUUUGAAGAAUUGGUCAAUAUUGAAGAAUAUUGUGAAAAGAAACUAGUAAGAUUCCCAAAUUUGAGAGAACGUGUGAAAGAAUUUGUCAUGCAAUUAUGGAAAGAAUAUUCUAUUGAAUUGAAAGAAUUUAUUAGAAAUUUAAUUAGAAUUGAAUUAGCCUAUAUUAAUACGAAUCAUCCAGAUUUCUUGGGAGGUGGUCGUAAUGUAUUUUCUCUCAUGAUGACCAAGAGUCAACAACAACAACGAAUGAAUCGAGCACAAAGUGGAGAUCAAUUACCAUCUUCUCAUCCAUCUUCUCAUCCAUCUUCUCAUUUGAAAUCUUCUCAACCAUCCAUGAUGCAUCCUUCUCGUAGUCAAGGUCAAAUUCCAAAUGAAGAUUCUCAUGAUUCUAUUUAUGAUUAUCAACCCAAUAGUGCUACUAGUACUACCAAUGGAACCAAAUCCAAUCCAAGUAACAUGAAUGUCAUGGGUAUAUUAGGUGGUAGUUUAGAAGAACGUGAAAAACAAGAAGUAGAUAUUAUUCGAGCAUUAUUAACUGCGUAUUUUGAUAAUGUUGUAAGAAAGAAUAUUUGUGAUAGUGUUCCUAAAGCAAUCAUGCACUUUUUAGUGAACAAGUCUAAAUUGAAUUUACAAAGUGAACUCGUGAAGGAAUUAUACAAACCAGAAUUAUUUGAGACUUUAUUGAAAGAAAAUGAAGCAGUGGCUCGAGCAAGAAAGGCUACACAGAAAAUGUUAACAGCACUGUCCAAAGCACAAGAUGCAUUGAGUCAAGUGAAGAAUGUUCGAAUUUAA